UUCUCCUAAUCACACACCGCGACGGCCAGCGAACAGAGCAGAGCGCCGCAUCAGAUUACGGUCCUUUCCGCGAGUUCGUGAGCCGCAUCAAAUCAAACCCAUCCCAGGUUCACAGUUCAGUCGGAUCGGAGCUGUUGACGUGUCGCGUGUGUGUUUUUGGCAACCCGAGAACGUGGUGGUGGCAUAAUCAACGAGAGAGCGAACGAGUAGCGAGUGCAUUGCAUUGAAUCAGAAACAUCAGACGACACGAGAGCAACGAUGACGUCAUCAGGAGAGGUUUACAUCGUUUCGGCUGCCAGGACUCCGAUCGGCAACUUCUUGGGCACUCUAUCGUCCCUAACCGCCGCUGAAAUCGGUGCCGUUGCCGUCAAGGAAGUCCUCACCCGUGCCAACGUCGCGCCCGCCGAUGUGGACGAAGUCAUCCUCGGGCAGUCCCUUACUGCCGGCCAAGGCCAAAACCCAGCCCGUCAGGCUUCCCUCAAGGCCGGCAUCCCGAAGGAAGUCCCAGCUUUCCUCAUCAACAUGCUGUGCGGAUCGGGACUGAAAACGGUGGCCCUGGGAUACCAAGCGAUCCGAUCCGGCGAUGCCAGCGUAGUGGUAGCCGGUGGACAGGAGUGCAUGUCCAAGUCGCCGCACGUGCUGCAUCUGCGUAGCGGAACCAAAAUGGGAGAGGCCAAGAUGGUGGACACCAUGCUUAGUGACGGUUUGACCGAUGCCUUCUACGACCUGCAUAUGGGCGUGACGGCUGAGAACCUAGCCAAGGAGUACGAAAUCACCCGGGAACAGCAGGAUGCCUUUGCCGCCAAGAGUCAACAGUUGGCCGAGGAGUCCCAGAACAAAGGCUACUUCAGCGAGGAGAUUGUGGCCGUUCCGGUUCCAAGCCGCAAGGAGACUAUCAACUUCGACAAGGAUGAAUUCCCAAAGCCCGGAACAACCGUGGAAGGAUUGGCCAAGUUGAGACCCUGCUUCAUCAAGGACGGCACGGUAACUCCGGGAAAUGCCUCUGGAAUUAACGAUUCAGCGGCUGCCGUUCUGCUGAUGUCCGGUGAAGAGGUUAAGAAGCGCGACGCGAAACCACUGGCAAAGAUCGUGGCGUUCAGCCAGACGGGAAUCUGUCCGAAAACGAUGGGAGCCGGACCGAUCAGUGCGGUGCAGAAAGUUCUAGACAAAGCCGGAUGGAAGCUGGAGGACGUCGAUCUGUUCGAACUGAACGAAGCGUUUGCUGCGCAAGCGCUGGCCGUCAACAAAGGACUCGGAGUGAAUCCGGAUAAGGUGAACGUCGGUGGUGGUGCGAUCGCACUUGGACAUCCGAUUGGAGCUUCCGGAUGUCGCGUGCUGGUAACCCUGCUGUACGCCUUGAAGAGAACCGGAGGCAAAAAAGGCGUGGCUUCGCUCUGCAUCGGUGGUGGAAUGGGAGUGGCGAUGGCCGUCGAAAUGGUUUGAAACUGUUCUCUGGCUUUGAGCGGCUUUGCGCAGCUAGCCGAUCCGUUGUUGCUGUUUUCCUUUUUGGUGCAAAGUACUAGUAUUUUCAACACUGUUACUCUUAUGUAUCUUCGAACAAAUUGUGUUACUUAAUUUCUACUCAAAGUAUUUACCGUUGGAUGUAUUGUACUGGAAUGGUGUCUUCACAGUAGAUGAAAUAGUGACGGAGCUGCCUGUAGGAACGAAUUGGUGAAGGACAAUAAAGCAACAUUUGUACUUA